UCGUCACAUCGCACAGUCAGAACCUGGCGGCAGCUCAAAGGGAAUGCUGGGAAAUAGGAUCCAUAUGGUGGCACUAUAAAGUGCACCGCCAACCCCGAGCCUUCACCAAAAAACUGGCCAAGCCGUCCUCAACGCCAGCAUCCAUUCACCUACAGUCUCUCCUCACCUGUCUCCUCAGUAGCAUCGCUGCUCUGUUUUACCCAAGAUCCUUCCUCACACGUGACUUUCUUCAGGACUGGAUACUGAAAGGGGCUGGAUUGACUAUGAAGAUCCUGGGCCAUGUGGUUUUGCUGCUGCUGAUAGGAGGGAUUUGUUGCCAGAACAACCGCAAUGCCAAACCUAGUGGCAAGUCAUCUAAGAAGAACCAGGGGAACCAGAACCAGGGGGCCGAGGCAGCCCAGUCGGCCCCAGAAGAUGAGCCCCAUUCUGGGCCAGUGGAGUCGGGCAGGGAGGGUAACUCUGGAGGUCGGGCGGCAGCCCAGCAGUCAGCUUCACAGAACAACAAGGCUUCAGAUGAUAUGAAGCUGCAUGUCCUCAAGAAUACUCAGGUCACAUGCAACGAUGGAACAGCGGCAGGGUUUUACCUAAAGGAGUUCAAAGGGAGUAAGAGAUGGCUGAUAUUUCUGGAAGGCGGUUGGUGCUGCUACAACAAAGACUCCUGCGAUACCAGAUAUAAAAAUAUCCCACGACUCAUGACCUCAUCCGACUGGCCCCAAACGCGCAAAGGAAGUGGAAUAUUGUCAGCCCAGGCGGAAGAAAAUCCUCAUUGGUAUAACAGUAAUAUUGUAUUCAUCCCGUACUGCUCCAGCGACGUGUGGAGUGGCACAGGGCCCACAGCCACCAAGGAGAAGAGAGGCCCGGGAAAAGAGAAGGAGAAAGAUGCCAUUGAGUAUACCUUCAUGGGUUCCCUGAUCAUCCGUGAGGUCAUCAAAGACCUAGUCCCUAAAGGCAUCAAACAGGCCAAGGUUGUCAUGCUGGCUGGCACAAGUGCUGGAGGGACGGGAGUGCUACUGAACAUUGAGAGAGUGUCCAGUCAGCUGGAGCAGCUGGGGGCAGAGGCCCAGGUUCGAGGCCUGGUGGAUUCGGGCUGGUUUCUGGAGAGUAAACAGCAGAGGGUUCCUGACUGCCCAGACAGUGUCUCCUGCUCACCUGUAGACGCCAUCAAGAGAGGACUCAAGCUGUGGAACGGGGUGGUCCCAGACAAGUGUCGGCAGCAGUACAAGAAAGGAGAGGAGUGGCAGUGCUUCUUCAGCCACAAACUCUACUCCUCCCUGACCUCCCCUCUGUUUGUGGUGCAGUGGCUGUUUGACGAGGAGCAGUUGCGAGUGGAGAAUAUCUACCUGGGGGGUCAGACCCUGUCAGAACAGCAGUGGACCUACAUGCAGAACCUGGGAAAGGAUAUCAAGAACUCACUCAAAGAUGUCACGGCUGUGUUCGCACCCUCCUGCCUGUCCCACACAUUGAUCACUAAAAGUAACUGGAUGACGUUUCAAGUCAAAGGCACCUCCCUGCCCCGGGCUCUGCAGUGCUGGGAUAAGAGUUUCCAAGAAGCCAACCGUAACAGCAAGACCCCCCUGAAGGGCUGUCCCUUCCACCUGAUCGACACCUGCCACUGGCCCCAGUGCAACCCUACCUGCCCAGCCUUGGUGGACCAGGCCACCCAGCAGGAGCUCACCCUGCUCCAGAUGUUAGUGGGCAUGGGCCUGGACCUCCAGAAACUAGGUCUGGACCUCAGGAGGGACAGUAGCUCUAUAACUAGCAUGGUCAGUAACGGUGGCUAAGACAAGGAGUAUAGAAGCCCACUCUCUGGCUUAGUAAAGGGACAUUUUUUAUGAGUUAUGACGUAACCAUGAAAGGUACAGAAUCUGGUUACUUCUGUUGUGCCGCUCAGCCAUUCCAUUGUGCUCCGCUGUUACCAUGCCGUCUUGACCGGUGGGUAUGUCACUGGGCUUACACUAUGUCUGUCUGUAACAUUACAGUUUGCCUCCAGGAUCACUCUACCUGGACAAUUUAAAGAGGGGAGGGGAGUGAUUCCAGUUUACCCCUGGGUUGUGUCUCACAUUUGAUUUGAUUCAAGGGAGAACGAGGAGUGCCAGGUACCUGUAGCUAACCAGUCAGACACCAAACCUGCAACACACUUUCACCCAACUACAUGUACUAUACAGAACUUCAACAACAUUUUGUGAAGUGAAACGUACUGCUUUUGAGGAUUUUUGAAUAAGCUAUUGGCACAUUUGAUCAUCUUGCCAACAUAGGACUGGUACAGUAUUCAGAGGAAAUGUACAUUUUAAUGUAGAUGGUUGACUGGAAGGAUAUAUUAUAUGAGUCUGCUGUUUUAGAUCCAUGUCCAAGCUCAAACACUGCCAGAGAAUGAAGGACACUUGCAGUGCCCAGACCAUUCUCUAACUUUUAUUGAAUGUGUUCCACACACACACACACACACACACACACACACACACACACACACACACACACACACACACACACACACACACACACACACACACACACACACACACACACACACACACACACACAGCCUACAGUUUAUAUUGCCCACAUUUCUACUGCUGCUGCAAUUACAACGUUGACUUUAUAUAUUAUAUAUAGAUAUAUUUGAUAUGCAUGUGGAGUAAGGGAUGUUUGAUCUUGCAAAAGUGGCCCAAAUGAAGAGCAAUUGUCAUACUUUCUAAUAUUGUAUAUUAUCAAGAGAAGGUUGUGACCAUCUCUUCUUUCUUUGAGUUUACCGUGAAGUGUGUUUGAACCUAAUGUAUCUUCCCAUGGACCCUUUUAAGUGAUGUUUCCUCUUCAAAAACACUGUAGUCGAUACUACUUAGCUAGUGUGUCAUGUACUGUAAUAACUAUAUAAUUUACAUCAUUAAAGAAUCAUUUAAUGUGAUUAUAUCUAAUCUAUUGUAUGGUAAUUAUAAUCCGAAUUGUUUGAUUUGCUACUGUUUUAAAUUGUAUGUAAUGAACCCUAUUUUGCUUGAAAUAUUUACCUUGUAAACAGAACUAUAACUUGACAGGCAUUAUAUAGUGGAUGUAUGUUGAAUUGAAUACAGAACAAUAAAUAAAAGGUUGGA